AUGACUUUUCAAAACAGCCAGAGUAUUGGUUUCUAUGCGAACCGAGGGGACGUAGCCGCAUCGCCUUCCCUCAUCGAUUCCCCCACGAAUUGCACCCGAGGUGAUUCCAUCAUAAGCUCGACCGUCGCCGACUCUGCACCCGUGGUUCCAAGCCCUUUGUCGGAGGCCACCACGUACACAAAGGACAUAUACGUCGAGGCUGCGGCCUCAAACACCCCAGCAAAACCCGACAUCAAUUCGCCGCUCUUCUUCUCCACCUCGCAGAAGCUCGUAUCGCGGCCUCCGACCUUCUCAGGCUCGGAAGCUGCCAUGUUGAGAAGCGUACGGGAUGCCAACAGCUCUGAUGUCACGACCCUCAAACUAGCGAGGGGUACAGUCUCCUCGGCAAGUCCAGCGAGGUCCUCGAGUACCCCGACAAGCUGGACCUCGUUGGAUGCUUUGAACUUGGGAAAAAAUUCAGAAGCAGCUCAGUCCUCAUCAGGGUUGCAACUUCUCCAGGGUGUUGGCGUUCUGGAAUUGCUGGAGAGAGAUGACCGACCAACGUUCAUCGUUGACGGAGCUAACAGCGUCAAUACAACGCCGGGGUCGCCUUUCGCCAUUAUUUACAUCAAUCCAAGACUCCAAGCAUCCGACAGUAUUCGUCACUUAAUCUCUGGGGGCCUUGAAGACACAGCCGACGUGGAUGCUCAUAACGAGUUUGAUGCCUUCAAAGCAUGGGUCCGGAAUGCCAGGAGCCAAGCGGACGGGCUCGAUGUCUUCUUACCCUCCUUUCACUAUGGUGGGAUGGAUUGGACCUGCUCGGUUCUCAGAAACCGCUUCCGGUUCAUCAGUGCGAACCGGAGUGCGGCCUCGAUCGCCCGUACUUCGCCGGAACCGCAGCUGGAGAGGGAUGUCAGUGUGGAGUCUCGUGCUCAUGGCAACACGCCAAACAACCAGCCCUAUACACCAAGUGAUAUUGUGAUCCCGGAUAGUCGCGAUUAUUUUGGGCUCGUUGGGGCGCAAGUAGACGUGGAAGAGCCGGGCCCGCAUUCUUUGAUCGGUAGUGACGUCGGCGAUCCCAUGACUUUUGGUCACAAUAGCGACCUCAUCUCUGACAGCGCCUCGCUCCCACUUCUCCAGCCUUCUUAUGAUUGGACUCGCAUUCCCCUGACCGAAGAUCUUCCGGACCACAUUCGUUUUGCUCGCACGCGGGACUGGGCGUCUACUACCCUGGGCCCCAUCGAACACUGGUCUGCGGAUCUACGUGCAAUGGCAAACAUGGUCAUGGCCUCGCCGCACCCGGCAGCGAUGUAUUGGGGUCCUGAGUACAUUACCAUCUAUAAUGAAGCAUACGUCCCAAUGGCAGGGCAAAAGCAUCCGCAACUCAUGGGUCAGAGUUACAAGGACGCCUGGGGCGAGAUUUGGUCUUCAAUUGCCCCUGUGUUUGAUAGUGCUUGGCAAUCGGGACAGGCAACUAUGAAGAACGAUGAUCGGCUCAUCGUCAACCGGUACGGAUUCGACGAAGAGACUUUUUUUUCGUGGUCGAUAGUCCCUCUUGUCGGUGAUGAUGGCAGCGUCGUUGGACUGUACAAUCCGGCUUGGGAGCAUACUCAGAGGCGUGUCGGCGAGCGAAGGAUGCUCACGUUAUGUGAGAUUGGCGAGAAGACGUCCCUGGCCCGAGACGUGAAGAGUUUCUGGAGCCAAGUUCAGAAGGGUCUCGAGUACAACGAAGAGGAUGUACCUUUCGCAUUGGUGUUUUCCGUUCUCUCCGAUGACUCAGAAAGUAGCGACAUGUCAUCUAUGCACUCCGGAUCAAUAACACAUCUACCUCAAUUAGUACUGGAAGGCUCUAUAGGUGUACCCUCUGGGCACCACUGUUUGACCACCCCCGUGGACUUGAAAAGCAACGAUCAAGGAUUUGCUCAGCAUAUGAGGAAUAGCAUGGCCCAGCAUGGUGUGCCCAUCAUCCUGUCCAAAGCUGAUGGGACGCUGGCCGAAGACAUCAUGGACGGGUUUGAGUUCAGAGGCCAAGGCGGUUGUCACUCUGCUGCUAUUUUCCCGGUUCAACCAACAACCGGCGGUGAAAGUGUGGUCGGAUUCAUCAUCAUGGGUCUCAAUCCGCGAAGGCCCUUCGAUUCCGACUAUCAACUCUUCAUUAACUUGCUCUCGAGACAACUUGCCACAUCGAUGGCCUCGGUUGUACUAUUCGAGGAAGAAAUUCGCAGAGGUCAGAGAGCCGCUCGCCUCGCAGCUCUAGAUCGUCAGGAACUUACUAAACAAUUGCACAUCCGUACUCAGGAAGUGGAAGAAUCCGAGCUCAAAUUCACCAGGAUGGCCGAGUUCGCCCCUGUCGGCAUGUUCAUCGCCAAUCACAUGGGUCUUAUUAACUAUUGCAAUGACAUGUGGUGGGAGAUUUCCCAGCACCGCCCUAGAUCUGAGUAUAACGUCAACUCCUGGAUGGACAGCGUCAACGAUGAAGACCGACCGGCGCUGGAACAAGUCUGGCACAGGCUCCUCAACCAGAAGGUCGCAAUAACCCAUGAGUUUCGUUUCAAGUCCUUCCGCGAGAACGACGGGGAAAUGAUAGCGAAUUGGGUCAUGAUGAGCGUUUAUCCCGAAAAGGAUGAUGAAGGCGGCAUCAAGGGAAUUUUUGGCUGCAUAACGAGCAUUGCACAGGUGAAGCUGGCCGAGCACAUACAAAAGUUGCGUCGCGAAGAAGCAGUCGAGUUGAAGCGACAACAGGAGCGCUAUAUCGAUGUCACUUCGCACGAGAUUCGAAAUCCUUUAAGUGCUAUACUCCAGUGCGCUGAUGAGAUUGCCGGUACUUCGGCCAAGUAUCGGUCGAGGGAGGACUACAACUCGGAGGCCGCAAACUUGAGGCUUGCUCUGGACAGCUGUCUCGAGGCAGCUAACACAAUCACCCUCUGCGCUAAUCACCAGAAGAGGAUUGUCGACGAUGUUCUCACGCUGUCGAAGCUUGACUCACAGUUGCUUCUCGUUACGCCCAUUGACGUGCAGCCACUUGCCGUCGUCCAGCGCGUGCUCAAGAUGUUUGAAGGAGAGUUGAAUGCGAACGGCAUUCAGCUAAAAUUCCAAGUCAAGAACCGAUACAUCGACAUGGGUAUUGACUGGGUCAAGCUGGACCCUUCUCGACUUAUGCAGGUCUUAAUCAAUCUGUUGACCAAUGCCAUAAAAUUUACCCACUCGCGGCCGCAAAGAUCCAUCGUUGUCACUAUAGAUGCUUCUAGGGAUAUUUCGGAAAGAACUGACUCCGAAAUUAUUUUCUUUCCAAGCGAUCGUCCGGACAGAGAAGAUCUCACCGACGGUGAAGAGUGGGGUCAUCUCGACAAGAUCAACCUACACUUUAGUGUGCAAGACUCAGGACGAGGGUUAGAUCCAGAAGAAAGGAAGCUUCUAUUCCAGCGGUUCUCACAAGCCACGCCGAGGACACACGUACAAUACGGCGGGUCAGGGUUGGGUCUGUUCAUUUCGCGAAUAUUGACCGAGUUGCAGGGGGGUCAAAUCGGAGUCUCGAAAAACUCACAAAAGGGCAUCGGAAGCACGUUUUCUUUCUACAUCGCCAGCCGCAAAUCGCAGGGACCUACAGACACCCAUGCCAUGGCAGCUGCCCCGCAAUUAACCCGAGCUCCCGGGUCGUCGACAACGAUAGAGAGUCUGAAGCCGGCGACAAGCUAUCGUAGUAACGCGUCCGACGCAAAACCCAUACGGGUUCAACCUGCAGCACCCCCCGGAAGGCGGGUGUUCAACGUCCUCAUUGUGGAAGACAACGUCGUGAACCAAAGGGUGCUUAAUAAACAACUGAUCAAUAGCGGCUUCAACACUCAAGUGCUUAAUCACGGAGGCGAGGCGUUGGAAGUGCUGAGGAGAUCGAGACAUUGGUUGGGUCAGGAGGCAACGAGCGAGCGGAUCCAAGUGAUACUCAUGGAUUUGGAAAUGCCGACAAUGGAUGGAAUGACAUGUGCUAGGAAGAUUCGGGAGUUUGAGGCAGCGGGAACCAUCACCACGCACCUUCCGAUCCUUGCAGUAACCGCUUACGCGCGGCCAGAGCAGAUUGAAGAUGCGAAGGCGGCCGGAGUCGACGAUGUCAUCUCUAAGCCGUUCCGCAUCCCGGACCUGAUCCUCAAAAUGGAAGAGGUAGUAGCCAAGUCUGGUGGACACACGUGA